CUAUACAACGACAUUGCCUGACCUCUGACCUCAACAAUGGCGGCCGUCAUGCAGCAGAUGUCUCGACUUGGGCCCCUGGCACGUGCCGGACUUCGUGCUCUGUCCUCGGCUCCCAGUGCUGCCACAGCUACAAAAUCAAGUGGGGCCACUUUUGGGUUUGAGUUUUCGGAUGAACAGAAGGAGUAUCAGGCUCUUGCCCGGAAGUUUGCCCGGGAAGAAAUCUUGCCCAAAGCCCCCGAAUAUGACAAGUCAGGGGAGUAUCCAGUUGACAUCAUCAAGAAGGCGUGGGAGCUUGGCCUCAUGAACACUCACAUUCCCCAUUCUUGAGGAGGUCUUGGACUUGGUAUCAUGGAUGCCUGCAUCGUGACAGAGGAACUGGCAUACGGCUGCACGGGGGUGCAGACGGCUAUUGAAGCCAACUCUCUUGGACAAAUGCCAGUGAUAAUUGCAGGCAAUGAGGCUCAGAAGACGAAGUAUCUGGGGAGGAUGAUGGAAGAGCCUUUGAUGUGUGCCUAUUGCGUAACGGAACCGGGUGCGGGAUCAGACGGCGGGAUCAAGACACGUGCUGUCAAGAAGGGCAACGAGUAUGUCCUAAAUGGCCAGAAGAUGUGGAUCACGAAUGGAGGCCAUGCCAACUGGUACUUCGUCCUUGCCCGCACUGACCCAGACCCCAAUGCUUCCGCGGGCAAAGCUUUCACUGGCUUCAUCGUUGAACGGGACACACCUGGUGUUAUUCCCGGCAGGAAGGAGUGGAACAUGGGACAGAGAGCGUCGGACACACGAGGAAUCACCUUCGAGGACGUUGUUGUCCCAGCAGAGAAUGUUCUUGGCCAGGAAGGAAUCGGCUUCAAGAUUGCCAUGGGUGCUUUCGACAAAACAAGACCCCCAGUUGCGGCAGGUGCUGUUGGACUGGCCCAGCGCGCUCUAGAGGAGGCCACCCGAUACUCCAUGGAGAGGAAGACCAUGGGCAAGUUCAUCUGUGAGCAUCAGGCCGUGUCCUUCAUGCUGGCCGAGAUGGCCAUUGGGGUGGAAUCCUCUCGUCUGGCCAUGCACCGGUCAGCUUGGGAGAUUGACCAGGGUCGUCGGAACACAUACUUCGCUUCCAUCGCCAAGGCCCUCGCUGGCGAUGUUGCAAACAAAUGUGCCACAGAUGCUGUCCAGAUUUUCGGAGGUAAUGGCUUCAACAGUGAUUACCCUGUAGAGAAGCUGAUGAGAGAUGCCAAAAUAUACCAGAUUUAUGAGGGGACUGCUCAAAUUCAACGGAUGAUUAUUGCCAGGGAACACUUAACAAAAGCAAAACAGACAAUGUGAUCAACCAAUCAGAGGCCUUGUUACAAAACCACAAUUUGUCAUAUCUUCUGUGAUUUGUCAUACCACAAGAAGAGCAGUAACGCUUACAUAGUAAUACAUGGUCAGUUAUUCAGUAUUUCUGGGUUAGUGAAUUGUCACCGAAUUGGGGACAACGUUUUGUUGGUAUUCAACGGUCACAUUAUUUUGUGUUGUAAAUUAUAAUCAAGAACUAAUCAACAUGUGUUUGUUGAUACUAGAGUGUGCAGUGAAAGUUUAUCAUCUCUGUGAGUUCCUGGACACUUCGAAAUAAUUGCUCCUCUCUCUCAGACGGAAACACUUGAAUAUCUAUUACUGUGCGCACAACAUUAUUACACAAGACUAAUUACUUUGGACUAAACAUCAUUGCUUCCUUUAUCAGAAAGGGAGUGAAUAUUUAUUUUAUAUCCUGUCUAAUUUUGUACUUAUGAAAUUAAUAUUUAUUAAUACCUCCAAACCAUGCUUCUCUCAGCUUGUAUAUUGCUGUUGUCAUUGCUUUUGAUUUGAGGCACAAUGCACAUGUAAAUAUCAUCUUUCUCCUGAUCCUGGAUCUGUAGAUGAAGUCUGUAUGUGGAAUAAAUAUAUAGACUAUC